AUGGACGAGCAGAAAUCAAACUGCGAAGAAAAUGACUCUGAACCGACAGCUGAUGACAGCGCCCCUAUGGAGCAGCCAAUCCCCUCAGAGGGGGAGUCAGAGGCCCCUCUGGCUGCAGAGGACAACUAUGAAACUGUUGCUGCGGCUUCCAGCACAGUCCACAGUGUAAGGGUCUGUGCUCUAUGUAACUGUGUGGAGCGCAGCCUGCACGGACAACGGGAACUCAGACAUUUUGGGCCAUUUUCCUCCCGGCCCGCCCUGGAGCCCUCCGCUUCCUCACUGCCAGGGCCCGGGAACGAUGACCUGUCUUCCAUCGGAUUCUCAGACUCUGACGCAUCCUGUCUGGCAGCACUCUUUGAUGACACAGGGGGCUGCUGGGUGCAUCACUGGUGUGCGGUGUGGUCAGAGGGAGUGAAGCAGGUGGAGGAGGCUGAGGAGGAGCUGGAGAAUGUGGACAAGGCCGUCAUCUCAGGGACACAGCGGCUGUGUGAAUAUUGCAAGCGUCUGGGUGCUACCAUCCGCUGCCAUGCUGAGGGCUGCUCACGGUUCUACCACUUCCCCUGCUCUGCUGCCAGCGGCUCCUUUCAGUCCACGAAGCAGCUGGCUCUCCUCUGUCCAGAGCACGUGGACAAGGCUGAGGAGAUGGCGGGUGAGGAGGCGUGGUGCGCUGUCUGUGAUUCUGCGGGGGAGCUGCUGAACCUGCUGUUCUGUACAGGCUGUGGGCAGCACUACCACGCCUCCUGUCUGGAGAUCAGCGCCACGCCCAUACAGAGAUCAGGGUGGCAGUGCCCAGAGUGUAAAGUGUGCCAGACAUGCAGGCAACCAGGGGAAGACUCCAUGAUGUUAGUAUGUGAUGCCUGUGAUAAGGGCUAUCACACCUUCUGUCUCCAGCCAGCCAUGACCUCUCUUCCCUCCGACACAUGGAAGUGCAGAAGGUGUCGGGUGUGUGUGGACUGUGGUGCUCAUGGUCUGACGCUGCCCGGCUCAACCCACUGGUUUGACAACUAUGCCGUGUGUGAGGGCUGCCAACGUACCCGCAGCUCUAUGUGUGGUGUCUGCAGCAAAGCCUCGGAACCACCAGUCAUGCUGCCGCGCUGCAUCAGCUGCCUCAGGUGGGUUCACAGUGGAUGCUCCUCUAUAUCAGAGCCACCUGAGGAAAAGUGUAUCUGUUCGCUCUGCCGAGACAGAGAGCCUCCGGCAGACCCUGUCACACAGACAGACAUGGUGGAAAUGCAGAUGACAGAGAAAGACGGGUCUGAGGUGACGAUAGAAGGACAGACGGACACAUUGGCUGAGAUGACACUCCAGACAGAAGCGGCGGGUGAAGUUACGAUAGAAGGACAGACGGACGUGUCCAAGAUGACCGGGGUACAGACUAAGUCGGACGAGGAGGUGCCCAUGGAGCUGGGGACGGGGGCUGAAGUGGUAGAAACGGCAGGGGUAGAGGGGCCUCAGCUGGGAAUGGAGGAAGUCCCUGCAGAACAGCCCAUGGUCCAGGCUGAGGUUACAGAACAAUGUGAAACAACAGAACAACAGGAGGCUUCUAGUUUACCUGUGGCUGUUGUGGAUGAGAGGCCAGAGAAGGCUCCUAGCCCGCCACCCCAGGUCAGCCAUGUCCCUGCCCUUGAGUCUCCGGAGUCACCAGAACAGCAACCACCACAGUGGCCAGAGCCAGCAGCAGUAGUAGAGCUAGGCCCUGUGCACAGAAAGGAGAAGAAUGGGGAGAACCAGGAAGAGAAAGUCAAACCCUCAACACAGCAGCAGUCCAAACUGGAGGAGAAGAGAAGCAGUGAGGGCAUGUCUACCACCUCGCCAGAGUCACCAGCCCCUCCCAUCUCCACACAAGAGGUGGAGCAUGUUUCCGUGGACACAGAUGAGGUGGGGCUAAAGGAGGAAGCCGCAAGGAACCCAAAGCAGGAGCGCUCAGGGUCUCCUCCUGCUCCACAUGCCGACACACAGGAGGCUGCUCCUUCUACUGUGGACAUGGAGGUCAGGGGUACUCACUCCGAGGAGGAGGAUGAGUUUGGAGAACAGGAGGAGCAGGGGAAGGAUGCAGACAGAGAGGGUCAACAUAGUCAUCACAGAAGGGUCAAGAUCAAGCAGGAACCCCAGGAGCAGAGGAAGCCUGAUCAGCUCCUCCUGGAUGAGAUGUCCAAUCAGAGCCAUCCGAGUCACGGGGACGAGAGCAGUUCUGGCUUCCUGGGCUCCCCGACCGAAGGGGAGGCAGAGCCCGAUGCACAGCUCUCCAUGGAGCUCAGCCUCAUACCCACCGAACGCUCGCGUUCCGACUCGCUGCUCACUGAGACGGACGAUUCGCUGCCCUUUGACCCCCUCAAACCAGACGGGGAGAAGAAGAGGAGAGGCUCGCCGGGACGCUCCAGGGUCAAACAGGGGCGGGGCAGCAGCAGUUUCCCGGGGAAGCGGCGGCCUCGUGGUGGUGGUGGUGGCGGCGGCGGUGGAAGGGGCCGUGGCGGUAGGAACCGCCUCAAAGCAAUGGCCUCCUGCAUCGACGCGUUCCUGGUGACAGCAGACACUGGACUGAGUAAAGAGGAGGAGGAGGGGGAGGAAGAUGAGGCUAUGCAGAACACAGUGGUGCUCUUCUCAAACACUGAUAAAUUUGUCCUGCUUCAGGACAUGUGUGUGGUGUGUGGCAGUUUUGGGAAGGGUGUGGAGGGGCAGCUUCUGGCGUGUGCUCAGUGUGCCCAGUGUUACCAUCCAUACUGUGUGAACAGCAAAAUGACUAAGAUGAUGCUGCGUAAGGGCUGGCGUUGUCUGGAAUGUAUCGUGUGUGAGGUGUGUGGCAAAGCCUCAGACCCGGCCCGCCUGCUGCUCUGUGACGACUGUGACGUCAGCUACCACACCUACUGCCUGGACCCACCCCUACACACUGUACCCAAGGGCGGGUGGAAGUGCAAAUGGUGUGUGUCCUGUAUGCAGUGUGGUGCUAGCAGCCCGGGGUUCCACUGUGAGUGGCAGAACAACUACACCCACUGUGGCCCCUGUGCCAGCCUGGUCACCUGCCCUGUCUGCAGGGAGAACUUCAUGGAGGAAGAGCUGCUGCUGCAGUGCCAACACUGUGACCGGUGGGUGCACGCUGUGUGUGAGAGUCUGUACACUGAGGACGAGGUGGAGCAGGCCUCUGAUGAGGGCUUUGCUUGCACAUCCUGCACUCCCUACGUCCCCAAACCCAUAGGCAAGUCUAUCAACUUAAAACAUAUGAAUAGAAAAGAGCCUCAGUUCUACCGGUUGGAGGGGGUGUGGCUGACCGAGACGGGCAUGUCCCUGCUGCGAAGGAUUUCCAUGUCUCCCCUACACAAGAGACGGCAGCGGCGCUCUCGCCUGGGCAUGCUGUGUGGCGACGGAGGACCCGACAGCAUGGAGCUAAAGGACGGGGACGAGGGAAAAGGCUGUGGGGAGCCCAUGGAGUGUGAGCCAGGAGUUCUUGGUGUAAAACAGGAGCCUUCAGGGAGCCCAGACAGGGAGCUGGGAGCAGAGGGAGGUGCUGAGGGUAUGGAGGAAGGCCUCCUCAAAGGAGGAGUAGAGGAGACGGACGAGGGAAAGAAGAGGAAGAGGAAACCCUACAGACCAGGGAUCGGUGGCUUCAUGGUGCGUCAGAGAAAGUGUCACACACGGAUGAAGAAGGGUCUGUUCCCCCAUCUGUCUCAUCUGGCUGGAGACGGAACUGUUACGACAGACAGACCGAUAAGAGAGAAGCCUGCCCUAGAGGAAGAGGGUGCCCCGGAGACUAAGCCAGCCGAGGGAGAAGGGGAGCAGGCCAAGAAACGACGAGGCAGGAAGAAGAGCAAACUGGAGGACAUGUUCCCAGCAUACCUGCAGGAGGCAUUCUUUGGGAAACAACUGAUGGACCUGAGUAAAAAGGCUCUCCUGGUUACCCCAGGACAGAGACAUCAUGGGGCCAUGGGUCUCCUACGUCCUCCACUGCCUCACGCACGGGGGGCCAGACCCACCGCUCCUGACACAGUGGAGGUCCGGGAGCGAGCGAUGGGAGCUGGGAUGCACCUGAAGCAGGAGGGGGGUGAGGGAUCACAGGCUCAGGUCGAGGGAUCAGGACUUCCUGAGGGCAUGGAGAGUCAGGACUCUGAGCAGUUCUUCAGGAAGGUCCUGGGGUCAUCAGAGGGAGUGUCUCUAGGAGGGUCCCUACAGAGCAGCAUGAGGCCCAUCCUAGAGGGAGGAAAGGGGGAGAUGAACUGCAGCAGUCUGCCACAGAGGAGCCUUCUCACAGGAUCCCUGCCCUCCGCUGGUAUGAUGGACUCCUUCCCUGGACUUUCUCAGUCUCCCUUCUUUGACAUGCGGGAAAGGGGUGGCCUGUUCAGUCCAGAUGGUGGAGAGGAGAGCCCGUGGGCCAACCCCUCCACCCCAGCCACCCCCUCCACCCCUCCUACCCCGACCGAUGCAGAUGGAGACGGGCUGUCCUAUAACCAGCGCAGCCUCCAGCGCUGGGAGAAGGACGAGGAGCUAGGAGAGAUGUCCACCAUCUCCCCUGUACUCUACGCAAACACAAACUUCCCCACUCUCAGACGGGACUACCCAGACUGGUCCAGUCGCUGUAAACAGAUCAUGAAGAUCUGGAGGAAGAUUUCAGCUGCUGACAAGGUUCCUUUUCUGCAAAAGGCCAAAGACAAUCGAGCGGCUCAGCGGAUCAACAAGGCACAGAAGCAGGCAGAGAGCCAGGUGUGUCGGCCUAUCAAGACAGAGGGGGGUGGAGGUGGUGGUGUUCGGGUCAAAGGUGAACGUCCCAACCUGCACCUCCAGAUCCCCCCGCCCUCAGGUUCCGUCUCCACCUCCUCCCAACCCAGCUCGGCGGAGAGCCCCUUCCCUUUCCACCCUGACUCGGGAUCCUCUUCCACCUUCUUCCCUGACGGUCCUGUCAAGACCCCGGGCUCGGCAUCGGCAGAUAUGCGGACAGAUCCCUUUGCCAAGCUGCCUCCUCAGUCCCCCCACCCCUCCACCCCAUACUCCUCCCAUCAGACCGCCUCCAGCCCCAUGCAGGGCCAGGCCUCUUCCUCAGGUUACCCCCACCCCGGGCCACAGGCCCCUCAGGGACACCCGGCUAGCCUUGGCCCCUUCGACAUGCAGCCAGGGAAUCCCCGGCGGGCUCAGCAGGUCGACCCCUUCUUCAGGCCGCAGCAACAGCAGAUCCAGGGUCACCUGCCCCAGUCACAGCAGGGCUCUCAGGAGCACUUAGGCCCACCAGAAAGCCCUCGGUCCAGGGGUGGAGGGCCCGGGGACUCUCCUCUCUUCUCCCCGCCCCACACCACCCACUAUGGAGACCCGUUCCGAGGCCAGCAGCAGGGGAUGGGGCGUCCAGAAUACGGUUCUUCCCCCUCCCAGGUGUCCUCGCCUUCUGGGAUGGGACAUGGGCAGUACAGGGCUGAUAUGAGCGGGGGACCCUCUCCCCGCUCUUCCUCCACGGGACGCCAGGACCUGAGUAACACGGGCUCCCCUGCAGGGAUGCUGGACUCUGGGGAUGGCUUGUUUAAGGCUCCCAUGACACCACGGAUGCACCAAGGAGAGGGUGGGGUGGUACUCCAUCCCGGAGCCUCACCCAACCACCCCUCUGAGGGCUACCGCCAGUCCCCUUCCACCCCGUUCCAGGACCCCUAUGCCCAGCCUCCCCUCACCCCAAGGCCAUUGUCUGGGGACAGCUGCUCCCCCCUCCCCCAGCAGAGGCACCCUCAGACUCAGCAGGAGUCCUGCCCCAGGGUCCCCUCCAGCCCCCAGUCCCAGGGCAGCUCCCUCUCCCCCCUCACUCCUGGAGCCCCCUCCAACGACGCAUUCUCUGUCCAGUCCCCAGCUUCCACCUCCCGCUUCCAGUCCCCUGACCCCUACUCCCGCCCCCCCUCGCGCCCCCAAUCCAGGGACCCCUUCGCUGCUCUGCACAAGCCCCCCCGGCCCACCUCUGCUGCUCCCGAGGGCACCCCCAGCUUUAGAGGCUCACCUCACCCCAACCAGCCUCCCUCACUCCCCCCGUCGUCCACCCCUGUGGGGGACCCUCUCUCUGGGAAACCCUCUGGACCGCAUGGGUUCAGCCGGGGCCCCAACAUAGCCUAUCAAAUGGCCCAGCAACAGCAACAACUCCUCCAACAACAACAACAGCAGCAACAACAGACUCAGACUAUAGGUGCCGACUUCCACUCCAGGAUGCCCCCCCUACAGGACCCCACAGCCCCCCGCCCCCCGGAGGCACCUCACCCCCCGGGGGCUAUGCCCGGUGCCCAGGAGAUGCCCGACAUGUCAGCAGUUCAGGAUCCUUCACUACUGGGCCUCAGCCCCUCUGAGUUGGAGAAGCACAGACAGAAACUGAGGGAGUUUUUGAUCCGGCAGCAGAUGCAGCGAAACUCAAUCCGGCAGGAGAAAGAGGCCGCAGCAACCAGCAGUGCUGCCACCGGUUGGCCUGGAGGAGACAUGGCAGCCUAUCAGCAAGACAAAGCCCACCGUGCUCCACCACCCUACCCACAGGACCGUGCAGUUACUGCUGCUGGUGCCCCGGCAUCAUUGGCAGGGAAGAUGCCCCAUGCUGUGGGUCCCAUGGAUGUUGGCUGUCCGCCACCCCCAGGGACCCCUGCCAUGUUGGACCCCAACCAGCUCAGACAACCAGGGCCACCCACCCACCAAGGCAUGUAUGGUCGUCCUCAGUUCCCUGGGCAGUGGCAGCAGGGCCCAGGUCCCCGUCACUUCCCUCAGCCUGGCAUGGAGGGUGUGGGCCCCAGGCACCACCUCAACGCUCCCCUCAACAUCCAGCAGGCCAUGCAGCAGGGUAUGGCUAACCCCCGUGGCCUGGUGCCUGGCCCUGGAGGGGAACCCAUGCAGCCAGGCAUGGACCCCGGAGGACCCCCACCACAGUUCAUCGAGCUAAGGCACAACUCCCAGAGGCUGCCCCUGGGGCCCCAGAUUCCCCAACGAGGGCCCCAGCAACGGCCCUGCCUCUACAUCCCCCAGCAGCAGGAAAUGGCCCCCAGCCAGUUUGUUCAGCAUCCAGUGCCUCAGGGUAUGGACCCUCAGACUGAUGGGGUCAGAGACUCACGGCUGGGGCUACAGCAGGGUAGUAUGGGUCUAUUAAUGCCACAGCAGAGCACUGGCUCUUCGCAGCAGCAACAACAACCCCAUCUCCAAUCCCAGACAGGCACUCCUCAGACCCCGAACACUCUCAGCUCUCACUCUGGGCAGCAGCACCAGACCUCCACAGAGACCCAGGCUGGAGCUCCAGGGGAAUCUAGUGUUGAUCUUCCCGAGCACGACCUGGAGGACCCGUUUGCCCCCAAAGGGCUAGGAGAUGCCCCCGGGGAUGAGGGGGUGGAAGAUGAGGAUGACCUGGCUCUGGAUCUAGACCCUGAUAAGGGUGACGAUGACCUGGGUAAUCUUGACAACCUGGAAACCACGGACCCGCACCUAGAUGACUUACUCAACAGUGACGAGUUUGACCUGCUGGCUUAUACGGACCCCGAGCUGGACCAAGGGGACCCCAAGGAUGUGUUCUCGGACCAGCUGCGGUUGGUGGAAGCAGAGGGUGAAACUCCAGGUACCUCUGGGGCUCAGGACAACAAAGUGGAACAGAAACCAAAAGUUGAGCAAAACCCAACACCAAACACAGGGGGUUCCAUGUCCUCCUCAACUCUCCAUCCUUCCUCCUCUGAGUCUGCCGGCAUCUCCAGGAUAAAGCUGGAGCCAGGCCAAGCUGUGGUGAAGGAUGAGAUGGGAGAUGCUGUCUCCAUGCUCCUUCAAACAAACAAACCCUCCACUCAACCAGAGAACCAGGGUGCUUCACUGAGCUCAGUGCGGUUAGGAGGGCUCCCAUACCCUCUGCCGGGUCCGGCUGAUUCAUUAUCCUCCCUGGGGGAGGACCCCCUGGGGCUGCCCGACGGAGGGGGACAGCACUCCCCUGCCGUGGAUCUAGACAAAGUCGAGAGCUCCCUUGAAGCCAGCGAGCUUCCCUUGCUGAUCCAGGACCUGCUGGAGCACGAGAAGAAGGAGCUGCAGAAACAGCAGCAACAGCAGCAGCUCAGCUCCCUCCACCAGGGGGUGAUGGGAGGCCACCCCAACCCCCAGGGGGGUCCUGGACAUAUCAUGCUGCCCCAGCACCACUGCCCCUCACCCCAGAGCAUGAUGGGACUGCCAGGUAUGGUGCCACGCCCUCCACACCUUUUGCAGCAGCAAAGGCUCAUGGGACAACCCGGGAUAGCGCCGCAGCACAUGGCUGCCAUGGCUCAGCAACAAGGAGUGAUGAGGGGGGGGCAGCCAGGAGGCAUUCACCCAGGACUCAACCCUCAGCCGCAGCAGAUGGUCAAACAGUCAGCUCUGGCUAAUAACUUCUUCCCUGAUAAAGAUCUAGACAAGUUUGUGACGGACGACAUCAUGGAUCCCAUCGCCAAGGCGAAGAUGGUGGCACUGAAGGGCAUCAAGAGAGUUUUGGCACAGGACCCAAUGGGGGUUCCCUCUGGCAUCAACAGGCAACAGGUCUCUCUGUUGGCCCAGAGACUAGCUUCAGCACCAGGAACAGGAGACCCUCAGGGUCAACUCGCAUCUGGCCCAUCUAAGGAAGGGGAAUGCAGUGACCCAACACAAUCAAGACCCAACCCUCCUCAGUUUGUUCAAGGGAUCAUCAACGAUGCAGAGCAGCACCAGUAUGAGGAGUGGCUCCUGCACACCCAGCAGCUGCUGCAGAUGCAGCUGAAGUUCCUGGAGGAGCAGAUCGGAGCUCACCGCAAGUCCCGCAAGGCUCUGUGUGCCAAGCAGCGCACUGCCAAGAAGGCAGGUCGCGAGUUCGCCGAGGCUGAUGCAGAGAAGCUCAAGCUGGUCACUGAGGAGCAAAGCAAGAUCCAGAAACAGCUGGACCAGGUACGAAAGCAGCAGAAGGAACACACCAACCUGAUUGCAGAGUACAGAAGCAAGCAGCAGCAGCACCAGCAGUGCUCUGGUCUCCUGGCCCCAGGGCCCUCUACCCAGGGGCCCCACAGUCUCUCCAAGAUGCCUGGGCAGAUGAUGGGCCAGCAAGGGGCUCCUGUGAUGAGCCAACCUCCAGGAAUCCCGCCCCAGGGAGGUAUGCCCGUCAGAAUACCCCCACAGGGGCAGCCGUUCCUAGGAGGAGGCCAGCACCUUGGAACUCUGGGAGUUAGACCCCCUGGUCCUCCUGGUGGUCCACCUGCAGCGUUCUUCCCCCAGGGUCCAGGAGGAGUCCAAGGAGCAGACCCAAGACUUCUCCAGGAGAGACAACACAGGAUGCAGAUGAUUCAGAAAUUACAGCAGCAGCAGCAACAACAGGCGAUGAUGCAAGGCCAGCAGCCCAUACCACAUCCAGGUGGCCAAGCAGGUAUGUUGCCACAAUCACAGCCAGGCAUCAUGGGUAACCCUCUGAUGGGUCAACAACCAAACCUCCAACAGGGAAUGAUGCCCAACCAGGCCAUGUUGCCCCAGGUUACAGUACCAGGCCAGGCUGUGCCCCAGCCACCUCAGACCCUGAUGGGAGGGCAGCCUCUGAACCAGCCUUUAGGCAUGACGGGGGCCCAGACAGGUAUACAGCAGCAACAGAGACCUCAGGUCAUGAUGGGUGAGCAGGGAGUAGUGGGAUCCCCUCAGCUCCAUGGACUCAGAGGACCUGGCCAGGCCCAGCUCACACCUCAACAACAACAAAUCCUGGCUCAGCGCAUGUUGGCGCAGCAGCAACUGAAGCUACAGCAGCAGCAACAAGUGGCACAACAACAGCUCAUUCAACCACCACCACAGGGCUUCAUCAGCCAACCCAACCAGUCUCAAGACUCCCAUGGAGGACUCUCUCAACCUGCCACCCCAGGUCAAAUGGGCUCUUCUCCAGCUUCAGCAGGGGGGAGCACUCGUGUCACCCCUCAACCAGCUGAGGGGCUGCAGCAGGGGGAGGGUGGCAUCCUUAGUCCUAUCUCUAGGACCCCUCCACAGCAGGGUGGACCUGGACCUUCAAUCCCGGGCCAGAUGACCCAACCAGGGGCUUCUGGAGAGCAACAGGCGGCAGUAGGACAACAGCAGCAGUACAUGGCCCAGCAGCAGCAGCAACCGGCAUUACAGCAACAACAACAACCUCCUCAAAAUACUCAAGCUGGACUUCAACAGCAAGCAGUUUACCAACAGGCUGGCAUGCAUCCCCAAGUACAACAGCAGCAGCAACAGCAGCUUCAUCAACAAACCUCUCUACAGCGACAGAGUUCCCUCAAUGCUGAUCCCUCAAAGUCUGGUUUGGUCACCGUCAAGCAGGAAGGACAGCAGAUGUGUUUCAUGGCCCAACAACAGCAACAGCAACAACGACAACAACAAUUACAACAACAUAAUCUUAUGCAGAAAGCCCAAGACCCAAUUGGACAACAGCAACAACAACAUGACAGUAUGGGCCAGAUGCAGAAUGUGAUAGGUCAACAGAACCACCCUGGUCAGCCUCAGCCUGUCCCUGGUAUGCCAGGCCACCCUAGUCCCCAGCAACAGGCCCUCAUGGCACAGCAGGCCCAGCAGCAAAAGCAGCAGGCCAUGAUGGGCAUGCUGAGAACCCAGCAGCAGGUCAUGAUGCCUGGCCAGAGGCCUGGAGGUCCACCGGGUCAGAUACGCACCCCAGUCAACAUCCAGGCUAUCAUAGCCCAGAACCCCCAGCUCCGACACCUCACCCCCAACCAGCAGAUCCAGCACAUCCAGGCCAUGGUCCAACAGCGCCAGCUCCAACUGCAGCAACAACAACCGGGCCAGAUGAUGAGGCUCCAGGUGUGUCAGGGACAGUCAGGGCAGAUGAGGCCCCAGGGGCCCCCUGGUCUAGGGCAGCAGGUGGGACAGGUCCAGAGAAUGCCUGGAGGUCUGGAGGCCCAGCAGAUGCACUAUGGAGGAGCUCUGGGGAAACCAGGGGGAUUGGGCUCCCCGCAACAACCAGGGAUGAUAGCCCCCGGCCAACCACCGGGCGUGGUGACUCCUCAGAUGCAGCAGCAAGGGAUCAUGGGACCUGUAGUCCAACAGCAGCAGCCAGGAGCCUCGCCUCAGUACGCCUUGAGUGUCCAACAGCAGCAGAUGAUGCAGCAACAGGCCCAACAACACCAGAUGAGAGGCCAGCUGCCCAUGACUCGCUCCCCCGUGGGUCAGGUACGUGGUGGGCCCCCCCAAGGCUGCCAGAUCAGGCCCAUGUCUCCCCAUCAGCCCCUGGCCAACUCCCCAGGAGACCCCCAGCGGCAUGCCAUGACACAGGGUUUGGGGAUGCGUCAACCCAACCCAAACCAAGUCAUGCAACACCAGCAACAACAGCUCCACAUGGCUCAAAAACGCUUCCAGGGCUCUCCCUCCCACGCAGGCUCCCCUGCAGGAUCCUCAAUCCAGAAACAGGAAGCAGGCAUGAGCCCAGCUACCCCAGGCACGCCACACUCCACCCACGUUGCCUCUCCGUCUGUAACCGACGGGGCAGCUGGGAAAGGUAGUCCUUACAGUCAGAUCAAGCCCUUUCCUCUCAGGUCGCCUGGAGCAUCCAAGAGUCCCCUGGACUACCCUGGGCUUAAGGCCGAAAGUGGCGACACAACCCAGAGCCAAGUCCCCCCGAAUAGGCUUUCACCUCAGAAGGGUGAGAGUGGACCGAAGAGCCAACAGCAUCCACAACAGUGCUCAGUGAACCAGGGUGGUCCUCAACCUCCACCAGGCUCCAGAGAGGGAACUCUAUGUAAGAUGACCCUACAGAACAUCAAACAGGAGCCUAGGGAGUUGACCUGUGACGGGGAAGGAAGUAGUGGUCCUCACUCUGGGGCCAUCAAAAGGGAGGUGACUGGGGAGCCAGUUGGAGAGUUUGGUAACAAUGGUCCUGGACUAGGAGGGGACCCUGGAGCCCACGUCCCCAGGACUGAGACAGGACAACAGCUACUGCAGAAGCUCCUGAGGACCAAGAAUCUGCAGCUGGCAGCUCAGAGGCCCUCUGACGGCAUCCACAACGAGAUAAACGGACACAUCAACAGCAAGCUGGCCAUGCUGGAGCAGAAACUACAGGGGACUCCACGCAACAUGGAGGUGAGUUGGAUAUAUCCUGAUCUGCAGGCCAUCACAAAGAGGGCUCCUGUUGCCAAGGCAAAGCGGUCCAACAAGCCUGGAGAACGAGCGCCCCAGUCCCGUAAGAAGAAGAAAGAGGAGGUUGGGAAGAGCACUGAGGCCCUGAUGAAACAACUGAAACAGGGUCUUUCUCUCCUUCCCCUGAUGGAGCCCUCCAUCACUGCCAGUCUGGACCUGUUCGCCCCCUUCGGCAGCAGCCCAGCCAACGGCAAGGCCCAGCUCAAGGGCUCCUUUGGAAAUGCGUUACUGGGAAACAUCCCAGACUACUACUCUCAGCUGCUCACCAAGAGUAACCUUAGUAAUCCACCGACACCCCCGUCUUCCCUGCCCCCCACACCACCCCCCUCGGUGCAGCACAAAUUGCUCAACGGGGCUACAGCUGUGGAGGAGCUGACUGAGGAACAGGAAACAGAGAACACAGAGGACACUAUGGAUUCUGUGACUGAGGAGGUGAAGAGUGUGGAUAUUUUAGCAGCGCUCCCCACCCCACCUCACAACCAGAACGAGGACAUCAGGAUGGAAAGUGACGAGGACAGCGACCCCGAUAGUAUCGUCCCAGCGUCCUCUCCUGAGUGUGACUUAGGUGACGAGGCGCUACGCUUCCCUUGCUUCCGAGAACCCAAAGAGGAGGAGACGGAGAGAACCAUCUCCCCUACCAUACCACUCAUCCCCCGCACUGCCAUCCCUGUGUUUCCAGAGAACAAGCCGUUUGAAGCAGCUGAUGGCAAGGCGGUGUCUACAACCAACCCCUGGGACAAAGCCAAGAGCAACGAGGUUGCUGUGACCUUAUCACUGUCCUCCGCUGCAGCCAAGAAUCUGAACCAUGUGAUGGUGGUGGUGGCUCAGCUGCUGCACAUACGGAUGCCUGGUUCCUAUGAGGUAGCUUUCUCUCCCAGCCCAGGCAGGGCAGGAGUCUCAGGACCAGGGAAAGAACCCGUACAACCAGGUACUGGACCUCCAGCUGACUUUUCACCCAGCCAGAAUGCAGAGUGGCUGAGACAGUUUGAUAUUUCUCUGCCAGGCUGCACUCUGAAGAAACAGGUGGACAUCCUCUCACUCAUCAAACAGGAGUUGCCGGAGCAGGAGGACAAACCGGUUCAGCACUGUUAUACAACUAACGUGUCUGACCUGGAUGUACGCCACCUUCCCGUCAUCCCUGUUGAAGACUCUCCGCCCUCCUCUCCUUCUCCUCCACCUCCUGCCCCUGCUCUUAAUACCUCCCCCUCCACCACCCAGCCAGCCUAUCCCUCUCAGUCAGCAUCUCCCUCUCAAGCUCCCUCCAGCCAUGCUCAGACCACCAUUCAGGUCAAAACAGAUGCUGAGGCAGACUAUGAUGCCAAGCCUGCUGACCAGCCAGCCCCCCAGCCCCAGGACAUCCCCACCUCCCCAACCCCUAGCCUGGAGGUGAUCUCCCCCAAGGUCAAACACCGCAGCAGGCCCCUCUCUCCCGACCCUGAGGAGAUGGUGGUCCGGCCCAAGGUGAAAAAGUGGAAGGGCCUCCGCUGGAAGCGUCUCCAGAUCGUCAUCACCAUCCGUAAAGGAGGCUCCAAGAAGGAGAGCAGCCGCGGGGUCUCAGAGCUCAUGGAGCGUCUCCGCAUCACCCUGAGGCCUGACAAGCUGCCCCGGGACAAACGCAAGUGCUGCUUCUGCCACGAGGAGGGCGAUGGCGCCACGGACGGCCCCGCCAGGCUCCUCAACAUCGAUGUGGACCUGUGGGUUCAUCUCAACUGCGCCCUGUGGAGCACGGAGGUGUACGAGACGCAGGGAGGCGCGCUGAUGAACGUAGAAAUGGCGUUGAGGCGCGGUCUCCGCACCCGCUGUGCCUGCUGCCAGAAGACGGGCGCCACCAACAGCUGCAACCGCCUGCGCUGCCCCAACGUCUACCACUUCACCUGCGGCAUCCGGGCCCGUUGCAUGUUCUUCAGGGACAAGACCAUGCUGUGCACCCAACACAAACUGAAAGGACCCAGCGAGGAGGAGCUGACGGGCUUUGCCGUGUUCCGACGCGUUUACAUCGAGAGAGACGAGGUCAAGCAGAUCGCCAGUAUCUUACAACGCGGCGACCGCAUCCACCUGUUCCGCGUUGGGGGCCUCAUCUUCCACGCCGUAGGUCAGCUGCUGCCAUCUCAGAUGCAAGCCUUCCACUCCCCGACCGCCAUCUUCCCUGUGGGCUUUGAGGCUACCAGGAUCUACUGGAGCACGCGGGUGCCUAACCGCCGGUGUCGGUAUCGUUGUCGUAUCAGCGAGACGGAGGGAAGGCCGCUGUUUGAGGUACGGGUGCUGGAGCAUGGACAGGAGGACCUGCACUACCGCGACACCAGCCCAGAAGGUAUCUGGGACAGAGUGGUUCAGUCUGUAGCUAAGCUGAGAGAAGAGUCUGCCAUGCUGAAACUGUUUACUGAUCACGUGAAGGCAGAGGAGAUGUACGGCCUCACUGUCCACGCCGUGCUGCGCAUCACUGAGUCGUUGCCUGGAGUGGAGAACUGCCAGAACUAUGUGUUCCGUUAUGGUCGCCACCCUCUGAUGGAGCUGCCCCUCAUGAUCAACCCCACUGGCUGCGCCCGCUCCGAACCCAAGAUCCUCACACACUGCAAGAGGCCUCACACCCUGAACAGUACGUCCAUGUCCAAGGCCUACCAGAGCACCUUCACCGGCGAGAUCAACACCCCCUACAGCAAGCAGUUUGUCCACUCCAAGUCCUCCCAGUACCGGCGUCUGAAGACAGAGUGGAAGAACAAUGUCUAUCUGGCCCGGUCCCAAAUCCAGGGCCUGGGGCUGUACGCUGCCAAGGACCUGGACAAACACACCAUGGUCAUCGAGUAUAUAGGAACCAUCAUCCGCAACGAGGUGGCCAACCGCCGCGAGAAGAUCUACGAGGAACAGAACCGUGGGAUCUACAUGUUCCGCACCAACAACGAGCAUGUGAUCGAUGCCACUCUGACCGGCGGCCCUGCUCGCUAUGUCAACCACUCCUGUGCGCCCAACUGUGUUGCCGAGGUGGUGACGUUUGACAAAGAGGACAAGAUCAUCAUCAUCUCCAGUCGCAGGAUUCCCAAGGGAGAAGAGCUGACGUACGACUAUCAGUUUGACUUUGAGGACGAUCAGCACAAGAUCCCUUGCCACUGCGGAGCCUGGAAUUGCCGAAAGUGGAUGAACUAAACUAACUGGGAGAAAUGGAGAGGAAAAAAAUAUGGAUGGAAUGAGAGAGUUCCUCCUUUCUCCCGGGUGCCAGAACACUACUGCGCCAAAGCCUUUAGAAUAUUACUACUACUACUACUACCCAGUUCAUAAGCUGUUCGUAAGCUGUUCAUAAGCUGACGAACGAGGAGGGAAACUGACCUCCAAAACAAUAAAAGACUCAGACGUUUGCAUUCACACCUGUAGCCAAAGGUUUGAAGAGCAUUAUGGAUAUAAAAGCAAACAAACCACCUCUAUUGACAUCCAACCGAAUGAUGGGACAGUCUUUUUGUGGAUGAACUGUGUCCUCUGCCAAAAGCAACUCUUUCCUCUACCUACUGCUCCCACUUCAGUAACUAUGGAUGGAAUACAAUCCUCUCCACAUCUACCAAAUGUUCAGAUUCUAUGUGAUAUCAAUACUCUUAGGGCAGACCUUACCUUGAGCUUUGAAGAAAGAAGACAUUUUAAGUACUAAGAAAUAACUAAUGCAUUUUGUUUUUAAAGGCAGACCUAUCCUCCUCCUGCACACCCCCCUUCCUACCCCCAAGGAAAAUACAAGUUCCCAUCGUCAUUGGUGAAGAUUGACUUCCCAACGUGGAUAUUAUUGGCUAGCUAGACAAUCCUGAAGACAGUGGCUCUGAGUAGAGAAGAACUAUGUAUUGUUGAGAGGCAGAAGAGAAAGAUGUCAGAUACUAUAAAAGUUGACCUGUGGCUCCAGAGGCACCAGACAGAAAGACAGGUGUUUUAUUAUUGUUCUGACUGACUAAAGGUGGGUUAGUUGGACCCUCAGUCUACCUCAUUAAUCUAGUGGGAAGUGACUGCUUACUUUGUAUAAAUACUGUUAACUGCUACUUGUGGAGGGGGGAGAGAAUGUUGUUUUCAUUAGGCUAAUAGUAUAUAGCCUUCUCGGACAAGCAGGGAAACUUUAACUAACAGCAGGUUUGUUCUCUGUUCUAUGCUGAUGAUCAUUUUACAAUAAUGAGCCAACAAUCCUAUUAUUAAUUAAUGAUGUAUACAGACAGAAGGAAUUAUAUGAUCGUUUAUUGGUUAAGCCAUCGCAUUAAUAUCAAUCACAAGCUUAACAGGUGUCUUUAAAUGACUCCUGAUCAUAUGUAUCGACUUUUAUUGUUUUUCCAUUCUCUGCGUGUUGGAAUUGACACAAUAACAGUCACCCAUGUGUUGCUGAGGACUGAGAGGGAGAGAUAGGUGUGAAUGAUUGUUGCUUACACAGCUUCAGUAUGUAAAGUGAAGCAGGAUCACACCGCUAAUUGAACAAGUCUUUGGCAAGACGAUCAAGUCCAACUAAUGAGUGAAGGAAAUGUAAUGUACGCUUGCUGCUUAAUGCCUUUAAGUCACACAUUAAGCAGAAAGCUUGCUGGUAAUGAUGCAAGAUUAAUAUCCCAUUUGUUUUUCACCUUUUAGUCCUUCAAAUCCCAUCUGCAUUUUGAUCUUUUCUUUUCUCGAAUGACAUCAAUCAUGAAUCUAGCCUCUUCCUCUCUUUAUCAUGUAGUGGACUGUUGUAAACUUUACUGUAGUGGGUCUUUCUCUGCCUGGCCCUGCCUGUCUAACCACACCACAGCUAGGUGUAUUUAUAAAGGUCCCUGUAUUGUGGUUUUCUAGUGGUAGUACGGUGUUCUAUACUGGAGGCUUGAAGAAAUGGCAGGGGAAGACUUGUUUAAAAAAAAAAAAAGGGCAUUCUUUUUUUAUGAAAGUAAAUAAAUCUUUAAAGAAAGUGUGUGGGGGUUCUGAAGUCUCCAUGACGACGUCUCCCUUCUACUUGUACUCUUCUACCUUGACCUCACGUAAGAAAAAUGCAAAAGUGUACAAACUGUAUAUUAUAUACUAUAGGGGGCAACAAACUAUCAACCCCUUUUUAAUCAAUAAAAAUCUAAAAUUGUAGAGAAAUAAAGUUGAUUUAAAAAA